AUGACGGUCCGGAUCGCGCCAUCUGGAUCCCCAGCGGCUGGACAGGAUCAGGCCAAGGGGAAAGCAAGAGCAGUCGACAACGACGACGGCGACAUUCGCAAUGGCUGCAGCGACGGAAGCGCCACCACCGCAGGGAACUCGCUCGUGCUGCUUGCGUCGGCCACUCUGAAGGGACAGUCGGGCCGCCUCACCAACCUCCAAUGGUCCUCUGGCGGACAGGCUCUCGUCCCGCUCAAGCAGAGUCUCGUCAUCCUCACACCCUGCCUCGGCCUCCACCCGCAACUCUUCGACUCGGUGCGACUCUCCGACCUCGAGGCCCACCCGAACUGGUGGGACAAGUUCGACCACCUCAUCCACUCGAUCGAGUACCGCCCCAUCUACGAGUCCGACCCGACGGUCCGCACGCGCUCGGCCGUCUCCAAGGAUUACUCGGCCAUCCACGCAUCGCAGCUCGAGCAAAGCUGGCAGCAGGCAGAGUGGUCGCCACCUGGCCUGGGAGUCGCCGGAAGCUCCCUCAUCGCUGCGUUGAGCCACGAGCACGACCUCUACAUCAUCGGCGCUGCCAAGAACCCGUUCGGCGCCGACUGGCGAGUGCUGCACGCGGUCGACGCCGAGCCCAUCAGACGUCAUGUUCGCAGGGAGCGCCAGCAGGCGAGCGAAGCCGGCGCACCGUCCGUCCCGGCCUUUUUUGCUCCAGAUGUGCAGACGGGACGCCUAGAAAGCCGGGCGGGGCAGUUUCUGUGCGCCGCGUGGACCGAGGCCAUCCCGCCGGAUCGCACGCGACCUGGCAGCGCCGGCGACGCAAGCGAAGUCCAGGCGCUCCUCAUCGCAGGCACUCGGUCGGGACACCUGGCGCUGUGGGAAUGCUCGAACCGCGCGUCGGCUCCCCGGCUCGCCACAUGCAGCCGGACGGGCUCUUGGGACGUGCUCGGCAUCUGCGUUGGCCCGUGGCAAGCGGGUCGGGUUACGGGAACGAUGUCGUGCCGCAUCGUCACACACGACCGUCAGCGAGUCGCGAUCUGGACCCUGGAGCGUGCAAGAGAUCGCCUGGACAUCAAGCAGGCUUCAGAGCUGCCCCCUCCGCUCCCGGGCCGCAUGAUCUCGGUCUGGAAGUGGUUCGGCGGCCUUUUGGUCUACGCGACGACGGGUGAGGUGCACGUAUUUGAUGCCGACAACGGCACAACGCGCACGUUCGAGCUCUCCGAAGGCGGUCGGGACGACUGCGAUCCGCUGCGACCGGCGGCCAGCAUCCGUCCCAAAGGCUCGGGGUCCUGCAUCAUCGCCCUUCAGGACUCGAGCCGGUACCUGGUGCCGCUGGACAUCAACGCCGGAGCACCGGCCGGGGACACAUUGGUGCCACUGGCCGCGCCCGUUGCCCGCGGCUACGUGCCUCUGUUGAGCGAGGUGCAGCCGGCCUACGACGCCCUUCAGCGGCUGCACGGCGAAGCUGCCGAAUCCAGCUCCGCGUCUCCGGUCGACGCGCUCGAGGCAUCCAUACGCAGCUACGACUCGGUGGCGUCCAUGGGCCUCACUGUCUCGGGGAGCUCGAGGUACAAUCUCUGGCUCCGAUCGCCGGUCGUGCCCGCAAAGGACGCGCGCACGCGUGCGGUGGAGCUACUCGCGGCAGCGCUUGCCUCGGUCGAGCACCUCGAUGCUCCAACGGUGGCGCGCAUCCGGCACGUACUUGCCCACUACCACGUGUCGUCCAGCCCGGUCGCCUUCGCCGACGGUCUAGGCCAGGUGAUUGACCAGGCCACGGACGGCCUCGAGGACGCCCUGCUGCGUGAUGGACCGACGUCCGACGAUGCCACGACCACGGUCAGCCGCGACCAUGCCCUACGGCGCGGCCAGGCGUGCCUAUACGUGGCGCUGUGGCUGCAACGGGAGCGGGGCGACGCUGCGCCUGCCGGCACCGCCCGCAACGUCGACUUCCUCCGCUCGCUGCUUUUCGUGCGCCACCUGGCGGACAGCAUGGCUGGCCUGGUGGACGAGGUGGAGCCGGCAUCGUCGAUGACCAAGGACGAGGCCCGGCGAGAUGCGACGACCGUCACGAGGCUGGCCGCAGCUGCCCACGCCAUGCUGUCGUCGGGAGGCGCGGAGCCGUCGAGGCCGAGGACGAGCCGCCUCCAAGGGACCAUCACAGAGGCUGACGCCGUCCUGGCCCGUCUCGGGGUGUCGCUCGGCGCGAUCCAGAAGCAGUGGGACGAGACGCUGCGCUCGGACGGCACCCUACAGGCGGGCGAAGAGUGCGCAGCCUGCGAGGCGCCGCUCUCGCUGCAGGUCGAUGCCGCCAAGGGGACGGUCGAAUGGGCUCGGUGCGUUUCGGGACACGUCUGGCCACGAUGCGGCGUCUCGCUCGCACCGCUCGUCUCGGUCGGCGUGCGCGCCUGCAGCGGCUGCUGGACAAAGUCGCUCCUGCACGCCGUCCCGACCAGGGACCAAGCCGCCAUGGACGUCGAGCCCGGCGUCGAGCCCCUCUCGUCGGUCCUCUUCCGAGGCCCAGGCGAAACCACCUGCUGGGCCUGUGGCUGCACUUGGGUACCCCUCUGA